UUCACUUUCCCAGUUAGUUUAGCAACUCCAAAAUCUCUAGCCAUGAAAAUUGUAUCUGUUUGACAAAAACACAAAAAAAAACAACGAAACAACAACAACAACAGCAUAGCAGCACAGUUCACAGGUAUAACCCACUACCAACCACAAAAUACAAACACGGAGCAUAUCUAGCUGGGAUAAUCCUAGCACAUAGCCAUACAAAAACUCCGAAAAUGGGUGCCCAGUUGUCCGGUGAAAAGCGUGCCGAGGCUGGCGGGACCAAAGAGGAAGAAAGGGCAGAAGGCGGGACUGGAGUACAGCAGGAGGAUUUCAUGGCCAAGAAGGCGGAUGAGACGGUAAAGUUGGAAAAUUCGGAUAAGGAGUUGCCCAGAGAGGAAGAGGAUGGAGAGUUCUAUAGCAGUGAUGAGCUACUCGACCAAGAGCAGGAAUAUAUAGAACCAGUGUUUGGCGAAACACUAAAGCUAAUGGGGCAUCGAUCGGGAUAUAUAACCACUGACAUACAGAGGAUGCCAACAGAGGCCAUCUACGCAGAGUUCGAGCGUCUGAUGCAGAACGUAGAGAGCCAUUUGAAGGAAGUGGUGGAUCCACCUUGUGCUGAUAUGGCAGCCAGACUGCAGACUUGCCUCCAGAACAAUAAUCAGCGUUCGUGUAACUGUUUCUCAGCAAUGGAACAGUAUCGUAACUGCAUUGUUUUGGCCACUCAAAGGAGAGUAGAUGACUUGGCCGAAAGGGAUCCACCGAUGAUGCCGUAUGUUCAGCCUCAACCAAUGCCAGGUCCUGCUAUACCGCCCCAGAAACCGCCAUCGAAUCGCAGGUGGUGGAAGUUCUGGACCUGGUUUCGUUAGCCAAGAUGAUGCAGUUGGCCUCAAUCCUCCUCCUCAUUCGUUGUCGGUUUUUCUCAAAUUUCCUGGUGAAGAUUUUCCUGGCCAACCAUAUUUAAGAAAUUGCUUUAUUAAUUAAAAGCAAAGACUUGAAUCCA